AUGGCGAAAGAAGAUCCCAACACCAAAAAAUGGCGGACGUAUAUCGAUCCGUUUCACUGGAUCCUUAUCGUGUCUAUUGGCGCCGGUUUACUUAUUGUUGCUACCUGUACUUCCUUGCUUGACCGGAUGAGUCCAUUUCGUAUGAAGAUUGACCAGCAACCAUGGACAUUUUUGAACGUUCUAUGGUACUUGUAUGGUGCACUCAUCGGGCGAGGAGGUGGUAGUUUUCAGGGGUCACAUGUGGCGAAGAUAGUCGUUGGAAGUUGGUGGAUUUUCUGUGUGGUGUUGACCGCCACGUACACAGGUAAUCUAGUGGCUUUCCUCGCUGUCACUAAGGACGCCCUCCCCUUCCAAGGUGUGGAGGGAAUGAUCAAGCAAGACGUUUACACGUGGGGCGUCGUCGGGGGCGCGUCAUGGGUGACCAUGUUCCAGUUAUCCUCACUUCCGGUUUUUAAGGCAGUGUAUGAAGGGAUGGUUCGUUUUAACAGGACAGACCCUGAUGUUCUUAGCCUGGACCAGAAAGUACAUAUUGACAAGGUUCUGCGCGGUAACUACGUCCAUAUUGGAGACAGAAGCCAGAUACAAGUAAAGACGGCAAACGAAUGUUCUCUGUUUACCGGAUCAGCAGAGAUCCAGCCGGUACAAUACAGCUUCGGACUUCCAAACGGAUCACCUUUAACUGACCUCUUCAGUCAAAAAAUAAUGGCAAUGCAUGAAAAUGGACUGCUAUCCUUUUGGAAGCGGAGGCGAUGGCCAUCGAGAGACUUCUGUCCUGGAAAAUUACAGUCUUACACUAAAGUUAUCUCCCUUGUCGAUAUACAGAGUGCGUUCUAUCUGUUAGGAGUGGGAUUCGUUCUCGCGUUUGUGAGCAUUAUGUUUGAAGUCACUUUAUAUGUGGUAAAGGUUUUCUGGAGGAAGCAAGAGCAUAACAAGAAUGCGGGUUGAAAAUACAAAUCUUUAAUAAGGAACACUUGCGUCUACGUACGAUGCAGAUGAAGUUAUUAAAUCCAAUCACCAUAAUCAACUUUUAAGUGCAAAUACAUGUUAUGAUGAUGAUGUUCUGAACCAAAUAUCACAGACUGAAAUGUCCGUGUAGACAUCCUUAAUACGUUGUCAUUGCAGUAAAGUUUUCAAAUAUACA